GCGUUUCUAAUAACGAGUUUAUCAUUGAGCAAUGUGACAUUUUGGUGACUCAAAGUAAAGGUAAAACAUGUGGUUGAACCUUUCAACUUUGAUUUUUUUUUCUUUUUUUUUUUUUGGGUUUUUUGUGGGCUCAAUUUGGCCAUUUACAAAAUUUAAUCUAUUUGCUCUAAUAUGCGAAUGCGUACAGUGGAUCAUUGCAUCAUGCCUUUCUGUUGUUGUGUUUGAAAAAAAAUUUAAGGAAAUUUAAAUAAUAACGACUUAGACAUGUAUACUGUGAAUUUUAAUACAAGUGCAGUCGAGAACGCAUCAAAUAUAAAGCAUAUAUUACGUAAUCUUAUAUUUGUACUUAGAUUCAGAAAACUUCCCAAAUAGUAUCGCAAAACUGAAAGAAGACCAACAUUUCUUGCGAUUCGGCAAACAUUACAACGUCAUUUUAUUUUAUUGACAUAAAUGUGCUUUUUUUUUUUUGUCUGCAAAUAUUUGCUUUUAAUAUAUCAUAAAAUCAUAUAAGUAAAAUUUAAAGAAAAACUUGCAAGUGGAAUGAAUGGGACAAGUUCAGUAAUGCCCAAUACCCUCAAACGGUUAACAUUCAUUGGUGAUGGGAUAUUCCAUUAAAAAAUCUAAGUUAUGAAAAUAAGAUUUUCAUAAAAAAAAAAAAAAUAAAAAUAAAAAAUAUGAAAAAUAUAAAAAAAAAAUAUAUAUUAACAAAAAUGCAAAGGGGAAAAUAGAUUGUUUACUUAAAUGAGAAAAUGUACAGUGUACGUGUACGUUAGUAACCGUAAAUCUUCUUAACUAACACUUGCAUGUUUCAUACUGUGCGGCGUACAAGCCAUAUACGUAAUUGUAUGCGCUUAUGUUCAGAUUCCCUUCAAAUCGAAAGACCUUUUGGCUAAUUGUACUGCCUCGUUUAAAUACGUACUGUACCUAAUAAUAAUAAUAAUAAUAAUAAUAAUAAUAACAAAUCAUGGAACACAAAAAUGCAGCACUGCCUAACACAGUUACAACGGGGACAUAUUUUUCCUAUAGUAUUCCAGGCUUGGAUAUUACUCCGGGACCUUUUAUUUACACCUUAGUGAGUCAAUUUUUAAGUAUGAUCACACCCACAGAACUGCCUUUCGGACAAAUAAGGCAACUGUUGCACACAAAUCUCACAAUCAUAGAGUUCGCAACAAACGCAAUAAAAAUUGAAUCUGGAUUUAUAGUUUUAAUGAGCAUAUUCACAAUUCUGGCUCUUGUACCGUUCAUAGCCACCUGUGCAUGGUGUUGCAGUCGUCGGACGCCAGACGAUGAUUUUGAAUUUAAUCGUCAUAUGCCAAUAAUUAUUGACAAUUCUUUAGAAACAUCACUUCAAUGUCGUAGGAAAGCCUCUAUAAUCACGUUAUGGAUUUGUUUCUUGCUAUUAGCUGUAUGCGAUCUAAGUAUAUUUUAUGCCAAUAGCCGUUUGGCUACUACGAUUGAAAUGACACCGGAAAUGGUUAAGUCCACCAUACAUGAUGUGGAAGUCUUUCUGAAGGACACGCACUUGCAAAUAAAACAUAAACUUGAUAACGGUUUUCAUGUUUCCAUCGAAAAAGUUGUUAAAGACUUGGAAGAUGUUGAUGUACUCCUUGGCGAACCAAUCCAAGCGGAAAUUUCAGCACACACAGGAAUCGAGCUUGCGUACGAUUCUUUAGCGACAAUUACAUUAGCGAACGCUGAGUUGAUUUACAGGGUGCUUAUGCUACAAGAGACAGUAGGACGAGCCUUGAAAUUGUCACAGGAAGCCGCGGUACGUAUGGAAGAACUUCAAAUUCAAUUGUCAGUUUUGCAGCGACAGUGCACGUACCGAGAUCGUCCGCUCUGUGAUACACUGCGCAUACGUAGCUUUGAGGAAAACGGUCUUAUAGAUGCUUUAAAAACGUUACAAGAAGAUCAAACCAUAUUUCGUAUGCGUUAUUUGGGUGAAAUCGAAUUUGGAUCAACUAUACGGAAUUUGUCCUCAGAAGUCGGAAUGUCACGUUCAAUAUUUGGAAAUUUUCCUCAGCAAGUAAAACAUGACACAGCAUACGAGAGAAAUUAUACCUUGGAACAAUUGGAAAGCAUUCGUUUUCGCACGACUGCAAAUGCUCAGAUGUUGACUGCAACUAUAAAUGCGCUUUUAGAGCGUUUGCAGGGAAUCUGGGAACGUUUAUUCCCUUCAUACCUCAGACUACAGGAAUGGUCAAAUAUUUAUUGGACCAUUGGUUGGGUGACGGCGUUAGUGAUCAUUUGGAUUGUUCUAUUCAUGUUGAUGUCGUAUUGUUGUUUUUUAUGCGAUGCAAAUGUCAAAGCCGGUAUCGUCCUAUUUAUUGCCGUUAUUAUCGUAUGCAUCAGCAGCAUUUGCAUAACACUAUAUGGUGUUGUAUCUCUGGCUAUAGGUGGUAACGCUGAAGUGUUUCUUUGUCGUCCGUUGUAUGACGACAACAAUGAUAUCAAUAAAAUGGUCAUGAGUGCCCUGCCAGAUAAUGACAAUCACAAAGCGUACGACAUGCUGAGUAAGUUAUUCGACAAACCCGGCUACGUUUAUGCAGACGAGCCGCAAACUAGCAUUAUUGGCGAGUUACUACGGCCAGCUGGUGUGAACCAUUCCGUUGUAAACGUUAGUCUGGCUACAACUUUGAGAGGUUGUGAAAAAAAUGAGCCGUCAUAUAAUGUGUUUCAAUUGGACGCGUUCGUUAACACAACAGCCAUAUCGAAUUUGAAGCAAUUUCCCAAGGUUACAAAGGCUAUUGAUUCGAUUGAAGUUUCUGAGCGCACAUUGCUAUCGCUAACACAGACAAUACAAAACAUUUUAGAGAGUAUGCUGCAAAUAUCUUCCUUUAAUUUAACUGCCUAUCGCGCUACCAUCGGUUCUCCGACACCGGAAAAGGACUUAGCAACGUUUAUUGAGCAAAUGCAAAGGGUCGCGCUACAGAUUCAAGAUGUGGCAACAUCGUCACGCAUGACCACGCUUGGUAGUCGUUCGAAGCGUUUGCAGGCAUCCAUAUUACAACCACUGGAGCAGCAACAAAACGAGAUUUUGUAUCACUUAACAGCACUAGAAUUACAAAGAGAUCCGUGGGCUAAACAAGUUAAUCAGACAAUGAACCAUCUGCGCAAUGUUCAAGAGUAUUUAGAAAAGACAGUCGGUGAAAUUUGCCACAAUCAAACGCGAAUUUAUACUGAACGAUUAAAAACAUAUCUAACCAACAGUAAGGCUACUAUGUCAUCGCAAUUGGGCGAUACGACAGCUAAAUGUCGGCCUUUCUUCGACAUAUUUGAUGCCAACCGUAUAUUUAUUUGUCGGAAUGCGGUUGAUUUCAUUAAUGCUUUAUGGUUCUGUACGUUCCUGGCACUUCUUCUAUGGUCCAUUGGUACGCCAGUGGGAUUGAAUAUGAUCACAUUGCAGAGAAAAAUGAAUUCCCUUAAAAAGGCAAAAAUGUGUGCAGUUCAAAGGGCGGCUGAACGAAGGGAUUCACCGAGAGAUACCGGACGAGGGCGAAGAAAAGAAAGAGACUCCAGCUCGUCCAGGGAUAGAAGCACAAGCAGUGCUGGACGACAAAGACCACAAUUAAGACGUUCCGCUACAGAGGAAACUCUCGAUAUAGCCGAAGAACCAUCGUCAAGUCGAGGUCAGCCUGAACGGCAUCAGCGUGAAAGAGAGAAAUCGAGAGAGAGAGAUCGAGAUCGUGAAAUAAGUAGAGAGCGGGAUAGAGAAGGAGAUCGUCAAGGCCGUUCACGUGAGGCAUAUCGUCGCAACCUAGCGUAUCAAGGCGCUCGGCCAGAAGAUAGGUGGGGUUCCUCUGGACCUAGACGUGGCACAUCCCAUGAGCCCGAGAGUAGUCAGUCAAAAGUCGUAAUAAGAAGUAAUAGCAUGCAACAGCAGCAACAGCAACGACAACCAAAUUUAAAAACGAAACCUCCUUUACGUAAGCAGGGCACCGAAGAAUCGGAAUUAGAACAGGAACAAGAUUGGCAGUCUUCCCCAUCGCAGACUAGCCGAUUCAGACGUAAAGAACGGCAACCGACAACAUCUGAAACACCUAGUCCAACAACACCUAUUAAAAUUAGACGUUCUAUGACCCCUGUUUUACACACAAGACCAGAUGCACAACCAGCUCAACCUUUGCCGAGGACACCGACACGUUUGAAAAAUCGCGUUUCUUUAACUACAAGAGCUGUAGCCCAAAUAACCAAAGUCAAACAUACCAGAACUAAAGGACUACAACGUACUGGCACCGAGGAGUACGAUUUAAAUGAAAGUGAAUCAUACGGAACAUCCAGGUCGAAAACCGCAGCGUUAGAAACUGCCCGCAAAACUCCGCCGCGCUCAGCACCCCCACCGCCACCGCUUCCAACAAGCAGAUUUCCCGCCUCCCAACGAACUGUCCGUUGGAAUACGGACGACGACGAAGAAGAUUUAGUUUUUGAAGCAUGUAAUUAAUCAAUACCACGCUUGCACGAAACCCCAUUCA